AUGGCAUCGGUGACCCGGUCGCCACCGUCAUCUCCCAUCCCCAAUCGAUUAAGUGUUACUGAAUUUAGUGUUGUUGGUGUAAGAUUGUUGCUCAUUAUCUCUCCUUCCCCGUCCACCGCCGUCAAUGGUGGUCGUGCCUCCAUCGGUUGUCCAGUUGCACUUCAUCCUAUAUGGGUUGUGUCACCGCCUCUUGCUCGGUUUUUGGGCUCGCCUCCACCGUCCUCGUCUUUGAGGUUGCUGGGGUUGUUGUUGUCUUUCCUUGUUGGAAAUUGGAGUACUCUUGUUGUGGUUGUUAUCUGCUGCUCGUUGCUAGCCCUGAGAGUCGGGGAAGGAGGUGAAGGUGGUGGUGGUUUGCCAAAGAGGCAUGGGCAAAGGUGCCACCAUUUGGUGGUUGGGAGAAUGGAGGUGAAGGUGUUUAUACCCAGAGCUUUGAAAAUGCUAGGAAAAAUAAGACUUCGGGGGCUUGUGGAAGACCCUGCUGAGCCCCAGGUCAACAAUCGAGCUUGACCUUCUACUGCUGCUGGAACCAAAAAUAAGGCAUAGGAUCCUCAGUUGAGAAAUAAUACAAGUAAAGGCUACAAUUAGUGGGAAACAUAGAUUAGUUACGUACUGAGAGGAUUAGUUACUGAGAAAAUAAAAUGUAUUUUGCUGUAGAAGAUUAUUUGAAUUACCAAUGAAGCUGAAUUUUUGUUUUUUCUUAA